AUGGCUCGGAGAGUUUACAAGUCUAAUACUAAUACGGAUCAUGUGAUGUCUUCGUCGCAAUCAAUUCAUGAGACUGUGGAAGGUUCUCAUGAGUAUAAAAUUGAAGGAUAUUCUCUAGCAAAAGGAAUGGGAGUUGGUAAAUACAUGUCUAGUGGCAAAUUCACAGUUGGUGGUCAUGUCUGGGCUGUACUUUUUAAUCCAGACGCCAAUACUGAAGAUAGCAAGGAUUACGUAUCCGUGUACCUUGAGUUAGUAAACCCUGCUGAACAAGAAGUUAGGGCACUGUAUGAAUUUUCAUUACUGGACCAAAGCGGGAAAAAUAAAUAUGGUGUUCACGUUAGUCCUACAACUCCAACGACGUUUAAGACGGAAAGUCCAAUAUGGGGAUGUACGGAAUUUAUGGAGAGGUCGGACUUUGAGACCUCAAGUUAUCUCAAGGAUGAUUGUCUGACCAUUCACUAUAUGAGUCAGAAUCUCAAAGGUUUGCUGGAAUCUGGAAUUGGUUCUGAUAUUACUGUUGUAGUAUUAAGAUUGCGGUAA